AUGCAAAACAGAACAGACUCUACGCAGGCAGCGCUCCCGGAACGAGCUACGCUGAGGGCGCCUUCUCCGGGAGGACAGGACUCGAAGAAAGCCGUCGAGCCCGUCAGCCCGCGCAAGGACUUUCCAGGUCUGCGCAUACCCCGUUCAGGCUCCUUCUCGUCUGCGAGAGGCGAAGGGAGCACCAGUCCAUCUGGCUAUACCUCUACGACGCCCAAUGAGCGCACUGAAUCGAGGGGCAUGUCGAUGUCCAACCUCUUCAUGAACUUCAGACAUCGCAAGGAGUCGACGGCCAGCAUGAGCAGUCGGCCUGACUUGGCUUCUCAGCGACACGAUAGCACUGACGACGGAGCUGUGACGCCACGGGAAUCGCUGACAACUUCGACCGGCGGGCAAUCGCUGUACGGCGCCAAAUCGCCUGCCUCAGUCAGCACCGCGGUGCUGGUCAGUCAGUAUCAGCAGGCCAGCCGGCCGUCUAUGAACGCAAAGACUUCGCUAUCGACAUACGACUCGCGUACUCUGGCGGCCGUUCUAGAGAAGCUCGAGAUCCACCGCCCGUCAAUGUUUAACCAACUCGUCCCAGGUCAACAUCAAACGACUCAAAGCUUGGGCAGCAGUACAGACGAUGUCUGGCAGAACGUGUGCGUAAAGGUGCUGCCCAUCUUCAACGGUGAGGGACAUCAAGGUUUCAUUGAGGAUCUAAAUGACGAUGUAGCGCGUCACGUCAAGCGCUCCGUCGAGCGCUCGCCCGUCCACGCUAUCGCCAACCUCACAUCUGAUCUGGCUCAGUUGCUCGACAUUGGCAUGCUCACUCUCGCUUCGAAGCUCAACAACCCUCUCCAUCCGCUCUCGUCUGAUAAGCUGGCCAGCAGAACCGUAGAAAUCUGGACGUUCUUCUUCGGUGGCCCUCUGCCUUAUUUACAGGGCAUCUUUCUACCGCUAGAGACCGACGAAGCUCUGCUGAAGAUCGCCGCUAGGGGUCGCUCCGCUAGCUCACCCACUGCUGCAUCUCGACGAGCUAGUAAUGACCCGCGCCCGUCGUCGAGACCCGCAAAGCCCAUCAACGUCCGAGGAUUGGCGCUAAAGUCGUUUCGAGACAAGCUCAUCCUGCCCAACUACGAUCAAUUGCUGCGCACAUAUGCUCAGGUCAGAGGCACCGCCUCUCGACGGAGUAGCAGUGUCGACGCCAGGUUGACAGAGGCGCAUGGCAUCACUCAAGCCGCCACGCUGUCCUCCACGAGCUCACACGCCCAGAGCAAACGAUUGCAAAUGACUGCAAUGCUAGCCGCGCUGCGGACGCAAGACGAAGCGCAGCGAAAGCUCGACCAUCUACUGUCGGCACACCUUUACAGCACACUCGAACGGGAUGGCUCAGAUGAGCCUGUCGACCCUGCACAAUGA